AUGCCCCGGCCCGAGCUGCCCUUGCCGGAGGGCUGGGAGGAGGCGCGCGACUUCGACGGCAAGGUCUACUACAUAGACCACACGAGCCGCACCACCAGCUGGAUCGACCCGCGGGACAGGUAUACCAAACCGCUCACCUUCGCCGACUGCAUCAGUGAUGAGCUGCCUCUGGGAUGGGAAGAGGCGUAUGACCCGCAGGUUGGAGAUUACUUCAUAGACCACAACACCAAAACCACUCAGAUUGAGGACCCCCGGGUGCAAUGGCGGCGGGAGCAGGAGCACAUGCUGAAGGAUUACCUGGUGGUGGCCCAGGAGGCCCUGAGUGCCCAGAAGGAGAUCUACCAGGUGAAGCGGCAGCGCCUGGAGCUGGCACAGCAGGAGUACCAGCAGCUGCAUGCCGUCUGGGAGCACAAGCUGGGCUCCCAGGUCAGCUUGGUCUCUGGUUCGUCAUCCAGCUCUAAGUAUGACCCUGAGAUCCUGAAAGCUGAAAUUGCCACCGCAAAAUCCCGGGUCAACAAGCUGAAGAGGGAGAUGGUUCACCUCCAGCAGGAGUUGCAGUUCAAAGAGCACGGCUUCCAGACCCUGCAGAAGAUCGACCAGAAAAUGUCUGAUGCUCAGGGCAGCUACAAACUGGAUGAAGCUCAGGCUGUCUUGAGAGAAACGAAAGCCAUCAAAAAGGCCAUCACAUGUGGAGAAAAGGAAAAGCAAGAUCUCAUUAAGAGCCUCGCGAUGCUGAAGGACAGCUUCCGGACCAACCGAGGGUCCCACUCUGACCUGUGGUCCAGCAGCAGCUCUUUGGAGAGUUCGGGUUUCCCGCUGCCGAAACAAUACCUGGACAUGAGCUCCCAGACGGACAUCUCGGGGAGUUUUGGCACCAGCAGCCACAAUCAGUUGGCGGAGAAGGUCCGAUUGCGCCUUCGAUACGAAGAGGCUAAGAGGAGGAUCGCCAACCUGAAGAUCCAGCUGGCCAAGCUGGACAGCGAGGCCUGGCCCGGAGUGCUGGACUCGGAGAGGGACCGGCUGAUCCUGAUCAGCGAGAAGGAGGAGCUGCUGAAGGAGAUGCGCUUCAUCAGCCCCCGGAAGUGGACGCAGGGCGAGGUGGAGCAGCUGGAGAUGGCCCGCAAGCGGCUGGAGAAGGACCUGCAGGCAGCCCGGGACACCCAGAGCAAGGCCCUGACUGAGAGGUUAAAGUUGAACAGUAAGAGGAACCAGCUGGUGAGAGAACUGGAGGAAGCCACCCGGCAGGUGGCAGCUCUGCAUUCCCAGCUGAAAAGCCUCUCGAGCAGCAUGCAGUCCCUGUCCUCGGGCAGCAGCCCUGGCUCCCUCACGUCCAGCCGGGGCUCCCUGGCCGCCUCCAGCCUGGACUCCUCCGCCUCCGCCAGCUUCACCGACCUCUACUACGACCCCUUCGAGCAGCUGGACUCGGAACUGCAGAGCAAGGUGGAGUUCCUGCUCCUGGAGGGGGCCACGGGCUUCCGGCCCUCGGGCUACAUCACCACCAUCCACGAGGACGAGGUGGCCAAGACCCAGAGGGCCGAAGGGGGCGGCCGCCUGCAGGCCCUGCGCUCCCUGGCCGGCACCCCGAAGUCCAUGACUUCUCUGUCUCCACGGUCCUCCCUGUCCUCCCCGUCCCCGCCCUGCUCCCCUCUCAUCGAUGACCCCCUCCUGGCUGGAGACGCCUUUCUGAGCCCCCUGGAGUUUGAAGAUCCCGAGCUGAGUGCCACUCUCUGCGAACUGAGCCUUGGCAGUGGCAACCGGGAGAGGUACCAGCUGGAGGAACCCGGAAUGGAGAGCAAGCAAUUGGCCCAAGCUGUGAAUCCGGCCCCGGGGUGUGGCCUCAAAGUGGCCUGUGUCUCUGCUGCCGUGUCGGAUGAAUCCGUGGCCGGGGACAGUGGCGUAUACGAGGCUUCUGUGCAGAGGCUCGGUGUGGCAGAAGCCCCUGCUUUCAACAGCGAGGAGCCAGAAGCGGCGGGAGCGACCCGGGUUCAGGUUGCCCUGCAGUAUGACGAGAAGAGUAAGCAGUUUGCAAUAUUGAUCGUCCAGCUGAGUAACCUCUCUGCUCUGUUGCUGCAGCAGGACCAGAAAGUGAACAUCCGCGUGGCCGUCCUCCCCUGCUCCGAAAGCACCACCUGCCUGUUCCGGACGCGGCCCCUGGACGCCUCGGACGCCCUCGUGUUCAAUGAGGUGUUCUGGGUGUCCAUGUCCUACCCAGCCCUUCACCAGAAGACCUUAAGAGUGGACGUCUGUACCACUGACCAGAGCCAUCCCGAGGAUUGCCUGGGAGGCGCCCAGAUCAGCCUGGCUGAGGUGUGCCGGUCUGGGGAGAGGUCGACUCGCUGGUACAACCUCCUGAGCUACAAAUACUUGAAGCAACAGAGCAGGGAGCCCAAGCCAGGGGCAGCCCGGGCCCCCACCCCCGGGCCUGAGAGCACGGACGCCGUGUCCGCUUUGCUGGAACAGACCGCGGUGGAACUGGAGAAGAGGCAGGCGGGAAGGAGCAGCACCCAGGAUCUGGGAGACAGCUGGAGGUUCGAGGAGGAGACCAGUGACAACGAGACUGCAGUGGAGGAGGGAGAGGAGGAAGCUUUUGCCGAGAAAUCCUCACCAGACACAGAAGAAUGCCCCGCGGUGAAGGUGGACAAGGAGACCAACACAGAGACCCCUGCCCCGUCGCCCACGGUGGUGCGGCCCAAGGACCGGCAGGUGGGCACGCCCUCCCCAGCGCCCUUUCUCCGAGGAAGCACCAUCAUCCGCUCCAAGACCUUCUCCCCCGGACCCCAGAGCCAGUACGUGUGCCGGCUGAACCGGAGUGACAGCGACAGCUCCACGCUGUCCAAGAAGCCGCCUUUCGUUCGCAACUCCCUGGAGCGGCGCAGCGUCCGCAUGAAGCGGCCUUCGUCUUUCAAAUCCCUGCGCCACGAGCGCCUGAUGCGCACCUCGCUGGACCUGGAGUUGGACCUGCAGGCCACGCGGACCUGGCACAGCCAGCUGACGCAGGAGAUCUCGGUGCUGAGGCAGCUCAAGGAGCAGCUCGAGCAGGCCAGGAGCCACGGAGAGAAGGAGCUGCCCCCGGGGCUGCAUGAGGACGAGCGCUUCCGCCUGCUGCUGAGGAUGCUGGAGAAGCAGAUGGACCGCACGGGGCGCAAAGGUGAGCUGCAGACGGACAAGAUGAUGAGGGCGGCUGCCAAGGACGUGCACAGGCUCCGAGGCCAGAGCUGCAAGGAGCCCCCAGAGGUGCAGUCUUUCAGGGAGAAGAUGGCCUUUUUCACGCGGCCGCGGAUCAACAUCCCCACCCUCUCCGCAGACGACGUCUGA